AAUGAAUCGGCUCUUGGGAACAGUACGCAGGCACGAAUAUCGCGGUAAACUUGUUUAUUUUCCUUUUCCGUUUCCCAGCGGCAUUUACAUAUUAUUUAAAACUCAACUGCUUUGAUUUUUGAUGGAAGGAAUUUCUGUUUUCGGCGAGAAAUUCCUCGACGAAUGCUCUAAUUUGUCCAUGACACAUUGAAGUUAGAUCCCCUGGACUUUGCACGCUUGUAUCCAAGGUUAAUGACUGCAAUUAUUUCCUCUACAUAAACACGACCACUGUCUACACUAUGUUUUACGAUAAAGAAGACGAAGAUACAGAUCGCGAAGUUUUAGCCAAGGAACAAGUGUUUAAGAUCAUAAUAAUCGGCGAUAGUGGCGUUGGAAAGACUUGCUUAGCUCAUCGAUUUUCGACGGGGAAAUUUCCUGAAAGGACAGAAGCAACAAUUGGGGUUGACUUCUGGGAGAAAUCGCUCACAUUAAACGGGUCAAGCAUACGGUUACAAAUCUGGGACACUGCUGGCCAAGAAAGAUUCCGCAAAAGCAUGGUAGUUCAUUAUUACAGGAAUGUGAGUGCUGUUAUUUUCAUGUACGAUAUCACAAGGGAAGGCUCAUUCAGGGCUUUAGAAACCUGGCUACAGGAAUAUGAUAAUUAUGGACUCACUGAAAUUGAUGGCGAAGGCUGCUCAGUUCCAAAACUUAUGAUUGGUAACAAGUGCGAUCUUAUUCAUGAGAGAACAAUCAAUUCCAAUGAAGCAAGAAAAUUUGCUGAUCUUCACAAAAUGCCAAUGUGGGAAAUUUCAACCAAGAAUGAUGAAGAACUGGAGACUAUUGAAUCCAUCUUUCUGACACUUGCUCAUAAACUUGUUAAGUCAAAAACUUUUAUGGAUCGGCCACUUCGUUACACCAGUGAAGAUUCCAAGAGUGAAAGCACCAGAUCAAAAACUAAAUCAGGAAGAUUCAGAAAUUCACAGAAAAGAAUUAAACUCAAGAAUCAAUCAGGAGAACACAAGAAAAAUUGUUGUGAAUCAUCAUGAAUUGAGACUUGAGUUAAGUUUCUCAUCAGGCUCUGUAGUGUGCAUGGAUUCUUAAGUUAUAGAAAGUUAAUACUUGUGAUAUGAAGUGUCAAGCAGAAAAAAUAUAUUUCCCUUGAACUGUUCCAAAUUAAGGGUUCAUAAUCACCCAAGCAUCUAUGUAUGCCUGUCUGAUUGUGUUAGCUAGGGUUCUAAUUGAGUGCUAUGUUGUGAUGGCUGUUAUUUUAAAGUAACAAUCAUCACGUUGCUACUGUGUGAAAUUAAGAAGCACUUGCAAGUAAGGAACUGUUGAUCACCAUUCACACAAAGUCAUUUGAUUGUAUAAUGAUUUGAAUGUGCAUGGUGAUCAUUUUGUUUUUCAAACCACCUGGGCCAGUUAGAUAAAAAUUCUUAUUUAUGUUGUAGUUUCAGUUCAUUUUUGGAUCUCUGUAUACAUAUAAAUAUAUAUAUAUAGUAAUUAGAGUAUACAAAUAGCGACAGCAAACUACUAACUGAACCAUUGAAAUGAAAAAACGUAUUGUGCCAUGAGUGGGAAUCGAACCCGCGUCCCCCUGGUUACUAGGUGAUCAUUUUGUUUUUCAAACCACCUGGGCCAGUUAGAUAAAAAUUCUUAUUUAUGUUAUAGUUUCAGUUCAUUUUUGGAUCUCUGUAUACACACACACACACACACACACACACACACACAUAUAUAUAUAUAUAUAUAUAGUAAUUAGAGUAUACAAAUGGCAACAGUGAACUACUAACUGAACCAUUGAAAUGAAAAAACAUAUUGUGCCAUGAGAGGGAAUCAAACCCACAUCCCCCUGGUUACUAGUCAGGUGUGCUAACCACUACAUCAGCACGACAACCCUGCUGGUAACAGAGCAAUCAAUGAGGUAAUUGGUUAGCCACAGGGUUCCCCGGCAUUUUAACAUUCAGGAACAGGAAGUACAUCAGAUCAUCUGAAGAUGAUUCGUAGGCUACCAGCAAAUAACAAAUAAUUUUUUUGAAUAAACACAGCUGGAAAUCCAGCGAUGUAGUCACAAGCUAGUAGGAUCCAAAGGACACACAACGCUUUUGCUUCAAAUAUUAAGUAAUCUAGUAUCUAGAGUUAUUGAGCAUUAGCUGUAAGCCUCUUUAAUUUUUUUCUCAAAACUCCAUGUUUUUUCCAAACUUGAGACAAAAUUAAAGAUGGUUCAGACUGGUGAACCUGUUUUAU